CGAUUGUGAUAGUAUGGUGGACGGUUUGCUAAAGGACUUUGGUUUGCACGAAUGUGAAUGAAAGAUCUAAUGUCGGUUUCGUUCAAUUUGUUGCAUGAAAUGAAGAGAACAGAUGCAGGUCUAGGUAAAAUCAAUUCUUUACUAAUAAGUCAUCUAUCAGUCAACAAUCUAAGAGAAAACACGCGGGUUUCAUUGUUCGGGUCCCCUUAUGUUUGUAUAGAUUGGUCCAUAUAUGACGUAAUUAAUUUUCCUGGGAUCGGGUGCAGAACUGUCCACGUCUCGGAAUCUCGAAGAUCAUAAGUACAAUAUGUUACAUCAGGAUGUAGAGAUGUGGGAACCGUAAGCCAUUUCAGUCAUGGCUACAAGAGAGACUGCAUUCUCUCUUGAGAUUACAGUCUCUGCUGUUCUUACUCAUGAGGAUGGUACAACAGAGGAUGUUGAUGACAUCAAGACUCUACAAAAACAGUUCAAAGACUAUCAAGUUGUGCAGAAGUUCCUUUGCAAGGAAACCUACUUCCAUCUGCAAGGAGUACGUACAUCUAAAGAUGAACUUCUGCUCAAGUGUUAUGUUUUAUCGGACAGUGAACUCACUGAUCUGGAAGAAGCUAUUGCAAGUGAUCACUUGGGACAGGAACUGACUAAGUAUGUUAUUUCUGUUGGACUUGAAUCUGAACUAGGUUUACCACAUGACAGUGGUAAUACACUCAGUUUGGAGUUGGAGUUGAGAAAGCAGUAUAUUCGACAAGGAAGGGCAUAUUUUAAGAAGAUUUCCCAUCCUUCAAAAAAGGAUGGAAAGACUUCAUCAUCAAAGGAAAAGGGAGGAAAAAGUGAUGAUCGUGACCAACCAUUGGGCGAUGCUGCACCACCAAUGUAA